AUGAAGCUAGCUAUUUUCGCCAUGGUUCUGACGUGGAUUUCCUCCGCUGUGGCGGCGCCGGCGGGGGGUGAGAUUGGGAAGCGGAAUCCGUCGGGCGAGUUUAAGCUUGUUGCGUACGGUGUUGCUUCGUCGUAUAUCGAUGUUUUCUUCUCAGAUGGACUUGCCUACGCCGGUGAUUCCUCACUGUGGAAACAAGAGGGGAACGUUGUUACCGAUGUUACGUUCACCAUGAAGAAUACCGAGCUAGUCACAACCGCCACCACACCCGGCGUUACACUGGACGCCAGCACGCUUUUCUACAUCCGUCCUACCAGCAACGAAGUUCUGCCGGUGGGCUUCACUGAGAAUGGCACCAAGACGCCUUCUGAUGCUGUGACCGACAGCUUCAUCUUCUAUGGGACUUAUCUUAUGUGGGAACAGACUGGUGGUGCCCUGUCUGACUCGUUCCGUCUUAAGCCCACGAAUAUCUCGGGUGUCUACCAGCUCUAUUACGAUUAUUCCAACACUUAUCCGUCGGGAUACCUGCUUCCGGUUGUCAAGUCGAAGGAUGUUUGA